AAGGGAGACACAGCGGAUCAUUCAUCUCCUUCCUCACUCAAGAGAGGCCAGUUAGGAGGGAAGCCAUCUAUUUUACGGCAGUUUUGAAACAGCAAGGCUGUCCGUAAAACAACCGAAGACCAAAAAAAAGACAAGGAGAAUAAUCUUUUUCCUCUCUAAGAACAGCAGAGAGGUGAGGCAUCAUGGGGAAACACAACAGCAAGCUGGCCCCGGAGGUCCUGGAUGACCUGACCAAGAACACGGAAUUCAACGAGGCCGAGCUGAAGCAGUGGUACAAAGGCUUCCUCAAAGACUGCCCUUCCGGCAUCCUCAACCUGGAGGAGUUUCAGCAGCUCUACGUCAAGUUUUUCCCGUACGGCGACGCCUCCAAGUUUGCCCAGCACGCUUUCCGGACGUUUGACAAAAACGGCGACGGCACCAUCGACUUCAGGGAGUUCAUCUGCGCCCUGUCCAUCACCUCCAGGGGCAGUUUUGAGCAGAAACUCAACUGGGCCUUCAAUAUGUACGACCUGGACGGUGACGGCAAGAUCACACGCAUGGAGAUGCUGGAGAUCAUCGAGGCAAUCUACAAGAUGGUGGGCACGGUGAUCAUGAUGCGCAUGAACGAGGACGGCCUGACCCCGCAGCAGCGCGUCGACAAGAUCUUCUCCAAGAUGGACAAAGACCACAACGACGAGAUCUCCCUGGAGGAGUUCAAGGAGGCCGCCAAGUCGGACCCCUCCAUCGUCUUACUGCUGCAGUGCGAUAUGCAGAAGUAGACGGCGGUGGAGGGGGAGGGGGGGGGGGAUACAGGACAGAAUUAUGGGAUAUGGAGGACGAGGAGGAGAAUCUCAUUCCCGGGUGUCAUUUCGCAACACGCCUCACAUGUCGAUGGUAGGAGAUUGAAAAAAAAAAUAGUUUUUUGAGAAAUGGGCUUUCUGAUCAUCAAACUGAACGAGCGUAAUCGGCCAAAUCCCCUCCCACUCUGACAAGCGUUGCCAACCAGAUUACCAGGUGACGUCUGCAGGCAGGCUUCAGGCCAAACUUCAUUGAAAUCUGACGCAAACCGACGACGGCUUUUGUAUCGUCUCGUGUAUAGAGAAGCUUAAACGUCGAUAUUUGCGAUACUAUCGGUGGUUUGCAAUUAUUUACCGUUGUUUCCGAAUUGAAACACUUUUGAGAACCUGAUAAUGAUUAUUGAUCCGUACAAACCACUGUAUGAGUUGUGAGCGUCUGCAAUCUGCAUACCAUCACCCGAUUGUCAAAAUAGAUGAAAAAAGGAUCUUUAAACAAUCUCCAUCGUUUUCAAAACAUGAGAGACACGAUAAAAAGGUUGUUUUUUCACAUUCUAACAUCCAAUCCAAUAUAUUUAUAUAUUUACAAAUAUGCGCCACACUGUGAACCCACACCAAACAAGAAUGACAAAACACAUUUCGGGAGAACAUCCGCACCGUAACACAACAUAAACACAACAGGACAAAUACCUGGAACCCCUUGCAGCACUAACUCUUCGGGGACGCCACAAUAUACACCCCCCGCUACCCCCUAUCCACCCUCAACCCCCCAACACCGCCCACCUCAACCUCCUCAUGCUCUCUCAAGGAGAGCAUGUUCCAAAUUCUAAGCUGCUGUUUAGAGGCAUGUUUAAAAAAAAAAAGCACUUUGUGAACUGCACUUUUUAAAUGUUUUUAUUUUGCCCAUCGUUUUCAAACAUGAGAGACAAGAUAAAAGUUUUUUUUUUUUCAUAUUCUAACAUCCAAUCCAAUCCAAUGUUUAUAUAUUUACAAAUAUGCGCCACACUGUGAACCCACACCAAAAAAGAAUGACAAACACAUUUCGGGAGAACAUCCGCACUGUAACACAACAUAAACACAACAGGACAAAUACCCGGAACCCCUUGCAGCGCUAACUCUUCCGGAAACGCCACAAUAUACACCCCCCGCUACGCCCAAUCCACCCUCCACCCCAAAACCGCCCACCUCAACCUCCUCAUGCUCUCUCAGGGAGAGCAUGUCCCAAAUUCCAAGCUGCUGUUUUGAGGCAUGUUAAAAAAAAAUUGCACUUUGUGACUUCAAUAAUAAAUAUUGCAGUGCCAUGUUGGCAUUUUUUUAUCCAUAACUUGAGUUGAUUUAUUUUGGAAAACUUUGUUACAUUGUUUAAUGCAUCCAGUGGGGCAUCACAACAAAAUAAGCAUAAUAAUGUGUUAAUUCCACAACCGUGUAUAUCGGUAUUGGUUGAUAUCAGUAUCGGUAAUUAAGAGUUGGACAAUAUCGGAAUAUCGGCAAAAAAGCCAUUAUCGGACAUCUCAUUUAGCAGCACAUUUAACCUUUUAAGGCCCAAAUUGUUUAUUAACAUGCUUUUGUUUAUUUCUCUUUGCUAUUUGGGCUUAUUGGACCCUAAUUAAAAA